GUCUACUGUAGCAGUUUAUUUAUUUUUCGCCUUCGCACCUCAACAGUUCUCCCUCACAUACACACCCACAAACAGCAACAAACGAAGAAUUCAAUACAUAGAAAGCGCUGCUUCUACUGUUCUGUUCACUGUCCACGCCGCCUCCCUGACGAGCCACCGAUACACAUUGGUAAGUUGUGGUCGACAACAACAUCAACAAAAAGCUAACCGUUUUUUUUCCGUGUUUCGCGGUAUUCUACUCAUUUGUUCCUCACACAUUUUGACUCAGCACUGCUUUCCGGGGAGAAAGUAAUAAUAUACUCGAAAGCGCAUUAGCAAUCUAACACGCCAAAACUUUCUUUACUUUCAACGCAAACAUUCGUUGAAUCCACCUCAAAAUGCUCACAGAUUACUGGCUACUGUCCGACCUGGACGGCACGCUGAUUUCCACGCCGCACAAGGCUCAAGGUAGGUAUCUGCCCAUCACACAGAGUCCUUGCUACGAGCCUGUGAAGAAGUGGCUCAGCAACGGCGGCAACAUUUGCGUUGUCACCACGGCGGAUGUUCGCGUGAUUGAGCAGGUGUACCACCCGCUGCGGCCGUUCCUGAAAACACAGGCCGAGUACAUCGCGGAGGUGGCCGCAACGACGGCGAAGGACAAAACGACGCCGCCACGCCGGCGUGGGUGCCUGCUGCUGUCGUUGUACACCGGCGCAGUCUUGUACUGGUGCACGGCAGACGCGAUUGUGAUGCUGCCUGGCUAUGCAAGCGCGGUGCAUUGUGCAACGCGUGAGUCGAUCGAGCUGGCUGCCGCUUAUAAAGUGCUCAUGCCACGCGCGAAGCUCUUUGUUGAUGGAAGCCAAACGAAGCUGAUGGAGGAGCCGCAGAUGUGCGUGCGCGGUACCUGCAUCAGCGCGGCGACGGCGCAAUGGCUGCAGCGCCAUAUCGAGACGCUGUACUUUUCGUACAUUCACGACAUCCUCGCCGGCACAGACAAGUCGGUGCGGGAGGCGAUGCAGUGGCUGUCGAGGCGCUAUAAGUGCAUGUGGGGCGGUCUGCUGCAGUACUUGGAUAUCGUGUACAACGUCUCUGAGCGCAAGGCCGCGCCCGCCGAGCUGGUUUUAAAGACGACAGCUUUCCGCACCCUGGAGGCGCUGGUGACGCAGCCGCCGUCCGAUCCGGCAGCGGUUGCGUGGAAAAUGCAGUACCUACGCUCUCGCCGCGAGCUGCUGACUGCGGUGGGCAUCCUGCGCAUGGAGUACGUGGAGGCGCGUCUUUCCUACGAGGCCGGCGCGGCGAACUCGGGCGCGUCUCAGAAAGCCGCGGUGGAAAAGGCAGAGAGGGCUGAGUUGGUGGAGCACUGCACCAAGGUGCUGCUGGAUAAUUUGGUGCCCACCUUGGCCACGCAGGUGGCGGGUGCGGCAGCCAGCAUGGCGAGAUUUCUGGUGGAUCUGCUCGGCCCCAGUGCGAGGGAUCUAAAGCGGCGCAUGAGCGAGGCGAAGCCAGCGACGCCCUCGCCGCCGCCGCCGUCCUCAAAUGAAAGCGAGGCGAACAUCGCCCAGGUGAUCUUAUUAGGACUCCCGCUUCGUUUGUUUUCCAAGUACUUCCGCGCCCACGUCGCCGACCUCGUGCGGGGUGGCGUCAGUGCCAUGCCGCAGCCGAACAGCGUCGUCUUCUCCAAGAUCGGCGUGAGCAAGUCGACGGCGCUACGCUACUUGCUCGGAAAGGGUCGCGUCGCCUCCGUGCAGGACGACUUCCAGCUCCACUUCACCUAUAAGCCGGGGUCGGACGCUACACCGGCUGCGUUGGCGGCCAACUUCGCUGGCUGCGUGCGCCGCUGCCAUGGUAUAGCGAUGGGCGACAACCCGCAGUCCACCGACUACGAGCUGACCGUCUUUCGCGAUGUGCCGUUUCUGUCGGUGGAAAAGGAAGCGCAGCGGGUGGAGCGGCAGAAGCGCAUUUUGCGGCGGCUGCAGCGGACACAGAACAUUGAAAGCCGCGGAGGGCAGCCGGUGAUGCCAGAUGGCAGUCCGGCGCCGUCGUAUGUGGAUUUAGUGCGGACGCUGCGACGCAGCGGGCCCAUGAUGGAUGACCGCCUCUUCCGCAACGUCAACUACGUGGGGGCCGAGGAGGAGGGGGCGGCGCUGUUCUUGUCGUCGUUGCUGCACUACGCGGCAACGGAGCCGACAGCCGUGCAGGGCCAGGUGACGCCAGAGGAGUUCCAUCACGCCAUCGCGAAGGCGCAGGGCACGAGUCGUGACCAAGUGAUGCUGCGCCUUCCGCCAUCGAAGUUGUAA